GGAGAGAGGCAGUGAGCAGGUGGCCGCGGGAGAGAAGGUUUCAGCAGCAGGAGGAUCAAACUUUAGAAGGAUCAGCUUAACAUAAUAGCAUCUCUUUUGGCUUGCGUGUUAUGGGUUCCGGAUAGGUUCUGAUUCUCCUGAGUGCGUGUGUUUUGUUUUUUUAGUGAGAUUUGAUUCUUCGCCUGUUUGGAUUUCGGCAGGUGGAAUUGACUCACCGUCUAGCCACCUGCUAAGCCCGCGAGCCCGCCUGACGUCACUGAGGAGGCAGCCAAUCCCAGCUUGAAACGUGAGGGCCACCCGCCACCCCGGCCAGCCCUCCGCCCCGCCCCCCACCGUCCCGCGGCGAACAUAUAUCCGCGCGGGGCCAUUCCUCCCAUCAGUAGACAGUCAGCCCUCAAGUAGUUUGUACGUGGCGUCGUGUGCUGCCCGCCUUGAACUAAACUAACGGACUUACAAACGGUGCGACCAGAACUGUGACUUGAACCUCCAGACGUGACCUGAGUGUUGCUGACGAAGUACAUCAGAACUCCUUCGUCGGUUUCCCUCGCCACCACCAAGCUGUCGCCCAACCCGAGCUCCGCUAUGUGCUUCAACAAUAUGAACGGACCUCCGCAUGUGGAAGUAGCAGGGGUUGCGACUCUCUGCUUUGACGAGGAGGGGACGUGGUUCCAAGGCUCCAUCACGUCCGAAGAUGAUACGCAAUACGCCAUCUACGGCACCAAGUCCAAAUGGGCCACGCAGAACACAGAUGACUGUGGGUGUGACGCCGCCGGCGGCAGCCAGGGCAUCCCCGUCACCUUCGACAUCCGCGUGGUGGACUGCGAGGUGGGCGAGGAGUACAGCCUGCGGCAGGUGCACGGCCGCAACGGAGAGAUCUGCACCUUCUCCUGCGCCGCCGUCAGCUUCACCACCGAGAAGGUGUUCCGGGGCCAGCGCGCCGACAUGGUGGCGCAGCGCUGUCUGGGACGCAAGAUGAGCGGCCGCUACAACCACGUGUACCGCGGCCCCAUCCGCCUGCAGUGCGUGCCCACGCGGCGCGACGCCCCCUGGGUGAUGUGAAUCGCCCCCCCACCCCCAGCCCCGACUCAGCCGUAAGCCACGAGCUGCACCCACUGCGGCACUACUGGGCGUGGUGCCGCUGCGCCCCGCCAAGAUUCCGGCCAGGCGCGCGGCGCCAGCGGAUCAGCCUCCCUCCCUGCCCGCUACUGCCGGGCUGACGGGAGGUCGAUCAGGUCGACAGCAGGAGGCCAGCAGCCCCGGUGACCACCAGUAGGGACAGCACGCCGAUGGCAGGUGUCCUCGCCAUGUUGACGCAGGACUCUCCGUCCCGGCAGCUUGGCCAAGGCGGCACGCAGCGUGCAGGCCACACACGCCAGCCAUCGCCCUACACAUACCACCACCCACACCCACACACAAAAGUCAGCGUGUUGCGUGACCAGAUUACUGCACUUGAAGCAAUGCUGUGGCGCUUCGGCCCACAGUGAUCGUGUUCCUUUUAACCGUUGACAGCACAUCUAUUCCUGACGCGGUCCGGCGAGGCCUUGGGAAGCGUGAUGACUCGACUAAAAUCCUCUUGUACGGACAAAAUCUAUUAACCUACCUACCUUUUAAUUGACUUCUUAGCUGACAUCACAAUAAAAUGAAGGAAUGGA